CGGGCGCCGGGCGCGGAGGCGGAGCCUGGGCGCAGGGGGCCCCGCGCGGCGGCGGGGCGCCCGCCCGAAGGGGAGGCGGGGCCGCUACUAAAGCCCGAGUCUGCCGGCCGCGAGCAGCCUGGGGAGGGACGCGGGCGGGGACAGAGCUCGGCGCGCUCGCUGCUGCUGGAGGGUGAUGGCCCUGCGAGGCUGCAGGCUCCGACCUUACCCGGAGUCGGCGGCGAGAGGUUCGCGGGGGCGCGAGGUUCCGGGCGAGCGCUGAGCGCGGGCUUCUACCAUCCCCGGGUCCUUGCACAUUCUACGUCCACAGACGAAGGCGAGGAUCCGCUCUCGGUUUGGCUGCCCGUCGUCCUCCAGAUCAUGUCCGCGGCUCCCGGGACUCCGCGCGGAAAAAGCAGUUUGGCCGGAGUGGAACCAAUGACCUUUCCAAGCUGUGCGCCUCACUGCCUGGACCAGAGGCUGGGCCGGGCCAUCGAUUUGGCACCCCUGGCUGCUAAAAAGGGGGCUGGCGGUGGGAGAAGGCGGGCCUGCUCUGAAAGCAGGGGCAAGCACAGGAACGGCGGCAGGGCCGCGGGCUCGGGCGCGGCGGUAGGAGCCGUUCCGGCUGAGUCGGGCCCUCAAGCCCGGGUCCGACCCACGACGUACCGUCUCCGGGGACCUCGGAGGCUCGGAUUCUCUCCGCGUGCCGUUGUCCUGGGUUUUCGCCGGAGCCCCACGCCCACCCGCCUCUGA